CUUUAGACAUUAUGAUACCUAUGUCAGAUAUAGAAAAGAGGAGAAGAAACCCGAUGUACCAUACUAUAUUCGGGUGACUCCAAAAAAAUCCAACUUGGAAAUUCGAUAUGCUCGACCACCUAGGUAAGUGUAUCAUGAGACACAGAAUGACUGACCAUAAUCCUAUAAGGUUAUCCAGAUAAAACUGCAGGGUCCUCAGUAAUCCAAUACCCUGGUUCUCUCACUGGCUGUCUGUGUACACAGGAAACCAAUGAGAGAAGAACCACAGGUAGAGAAAGAUGUCAAUGUUCUUUCUUAGCCAACAUAACAAAUCUCAAAUUGGAAUAUUUAAUCACAUAACAUAACACAUUUCUCAGGAGUACUACAGCAACUUGACUUACCAGGUAUUACCUAAUUUUCAUAAAAUAUGUAUUUUAAUAUAAACAGAAGCUUUAAUGGUACAAAUUAGACUAUUUACUGUAAUUACUGUAACCAGAAUGAAAUUGUAACAUAAAUGAUCUGAUAGUGUCACUAACGGCUGUACAAUAAUGACUGAUAGAUAACGAGUGAUAGGGUAGCUGAUGGACUGAAAGUGAGAGGAAAGCUGAAGAGGAAUAAGAUAAGUGACAAAAUGGGCUGAUUGAUGGAAAGGGAGAAAAGGAUAUAAUUGUUACAACUGUAUUUUAACGUUUCCUCUUUUAAUUGCAGGGACCCAUUCCUUUUCUCUAAGGUGAAGCCUAAAUUACUUCCAAAACAAUACAAAACAACUAAAAAGGCUGAAAGUGUAAAUUAUUGUGCAGAGUGUCAUAAACAGGAUAAUAUUCUACAUCCUGCACCUGUCACAAGUCUAGAGGAUAUUCCUUAUCGGCCUUCUACGGACAGGUAAGUGGACAGUUGCUGCAGGUAUAUUAGAUGGGGUUAUUGGAAGAUGGGGAUCAGAGUUCGAUAGAGAUUAGAAUAAAGGAUGGUUUGUUAAUGGGCAUCAUUUCUGGAAUUUGAAAUAAAAUAAAAUAAGCAGACAUGAUAUACAGGGGUGUUAAAAAAAAAAGUAAAAUAUAUUGGACUUAAAGGGACACCCUAGUCACCAGAACAAUUACAGCUUAAUGUAGUGGUUCUGGUGUCUAUAGUCUGUCCCUGCAGGUUUUUUUAGUGUAUAAAAUGUGUUUACAUGGCUCCUUAGGGUCACUUCCAGUGGCAGUCACUCAGACAGCCACUAUAGGUGCUUCCUGUGGCAGUGCUGCAGAGUGUGUAGCACUGACAUUCAGCAUCUCCACUCUCUGCAUGGAGACACUGAACAUUCUUAUCAAGACGCAUCAAUUUAUGAUUGGCCAUGGCAGCAUUGCCUUCGUCCCCAGCAUGCCUCCUUGGCUGAGAUAAUCAAAAUUGACUAACUCAGUCAAUCUAAUUCUUUCUUAAGGUAAAGCAUUGGAUUGGCUGAGAUCAUCAAUUCUGAGUUGGAAAAAAGGUGAGAUUUAACCUUUACUGUAGGGGGGCUAAGGCCCUAAAUAGUGAUAUUAAAACUAUAGUGUAAGGAAUACAUAUUUGUGUUUCUGACACAAUAAUGCCUUAUUAAUUAAAUGUGUUUUGACACCCCAAAUAGACAGCACCAUCCUGGGAUGAAAUGCAGGAUGUAAUUAGUCCAGACGUAUCAAAGGUUUUACACAUCAAAUUGAAUUAUUUAAUCAUUACAAUACAACCCAAAUAGCAAUGCAUAAUAUCUAAUGGCUUCUUGUAUCAUCUCCUAAACACACUCUGUUAUUCCAGAAAUAUAACAUCAAUUUAUUAAUGACCUUUUUGUUUUCUGGUGUGUUUUUCUUCAAAUUCUUUAGACAUUAUAAUAACUAUGUCAGAUUUGGCAAAGAGGAGAAGAUUCCCGAUGUACCAUACUAUAUUCGGGUGACUCCAAGAGAAACUAACCAACUAAUGACAUGUGCUCGGCCACCUAGGUAAGUGUAUCAUGAGACACAGAAUGACCGACCAUAAUCUUAUAAGGUUAUCCAAAUAAACCUUCAGUGUCCUCAGUAAACCAAUAUCUUGGUUCUCUCACUGGCUGGCUGUGUACACAGGAAACCAAUGAGAGAAGAAACACAGAUAGAGAAAGAUGUCAAUGCUCUUUCUGAGCCAACAUCACAAAUCUCAAAUUGGAAUAUUUAAUCAUUACAAUACAACCCAAAUAGCAAUGCAUAAUAUCUCAUGGCUUCUUGUAUCAUCUCCUAAACACACUCUGUUAUUCCAGAAAUAUAACAUCAAUUUAUUAAUGACCUUUUUGUUUUCUGGUGUGUUUUUCUUCAAAUUCUUUAGACAUUAUAAUAACUAUGUCAGAUUUGGAAAAGAGGAGAAGAUUCCCGAUGUACCAUACUAUAUUCGGGUGACUCCACGAGAAACUAACCAACUAAUGACAUGUGCUCGGCCACCUAGGUAAGUGUAUCAUGAGACACAGAAUGACGGACCAUAAUCCUAUAAGAUAUACAUACAAUAUAAGGUGGAGUAUAUAAAUAGGAGUUCUUCCAAAUACAAUUUUCUUGUAUAUUGGCAGAACAAUUAGACCUUUAAAAGUGAGAAUAGCGGAACAUAUUAAAAAUAUACGAAAUUGCUUAGAGACCCACAAUGUAUCAUUACACUUUAAACAGGUCCACGACCAAAACCCUGAAAAUUUGUUCUUUUGUGCAAUAAAAGAAAUAAAAAGAGAUUGGAGAGGGGGAAACUAUAUUAAAACUUUAGGGAAAGAAGAAAUGAGUUUUAUUUUUCGAUUUAAAACUCUGAUACCAUAUGGACUUAAUGCAGAUUUUGAAGUAUGUCAUUUUUAAUUAAUCAAUCUUUAACAUAUUAUUUUUUAUUCGGUAUUUUACAUUAUAUUUUAUUAUAAUACAUUAAAUUUUAAACAAAUGGCCCUUUUAUCAUAUAUUUAUAGAAUUCUCUUUCUUCUUUCUUAUUAAAUUUAUAAUUAAUUUAUAUAUAUAUUUAUAACAUCUGUCUGUAUUUAUAUAUAUAAUACAAAACAUAAAAAGCCUUUAUGAAAUACAUAUUUUUAAACACCUCUAUUAGUGUAAGGGGAAAAUUAGAAGAGAACAGAUCCUUACAUAUGUUUUUACAUAAAGUCCUCAAAUGUAUUUUAGGAAGGAGGUUAUUAUUAUAAACCCCAUUACAAGCCAUCUCAUAUGAGAGGUAAUUGAAUUAUAAAGGCUUUUUAUGUGUAUUUACUGGAUUAAUUAUUUUUAUUAAUUGAGAUGUUGAACUCUGAUGAAAGAUACCGGACUUUGGAAAAGAAGUGUCUCUAAAUAAGUCACGUGACGUUCGCGAUGUAUGGAGCGCGCCACGUGACAUUUGCGUUCCACGGAUGGAACGCAAAGGCCGCAAACCGGAAGAGGAAGAGAAAUCAAAGAUACUGAUGUUGUGGAACGCAUUACGUGACACGUGCGUUCCACAGGUGGAACGCAAAAACCAGGAAGAAGAAGUAAAAAUGAAUCCCUAAUCACUAGGGAAGCCGGAAGGGGUGAAAAGAACAGCCAAAAGGGAGGAUAUUUAAAUGGACCACCAGGAGAUUACAAUUAGCAACUGAGGAAGCCUCAUAUUGAGGCGAAACGCGUUUUGCAAACAACCAUAAGGACUACCUUCAGACUGUAAGGUUUUUUUACUCACUUCUAAAGCUUUUAAAAAAAUUUGUGCACUUUAUUGAAUAAAGCACUUUAUUGUUUUGAGAAGAGAUCCUGUUAUUGAGAUAUCCCAGAUUAUAACAAGAAGGGAGUGGGCCCCUUAAGUACCCACAGUGCUUCAAUUUUUGAGCCUAUCCAGAGGCUCUAUGUUUGUGAGUGCUUCACUAUCUAUAUACUACAAUAAUAUAUUGAGUAUUGGCAAUAUUGCACUAUUCCUUUUUCCCUAUUUGUGUUCAAACCUAGGGAACUACUAAAGGACAUUAUCCUGUUGAAAAUUGUAUUUGGAAGAACUCCUAUUUACAGGGAGUGCAGAAUUAUUAGGCAAGUUGUAUUUUUGAGGAUUAAUUUUAUUAUUGAACAACAACCAUGUUCUCAAUGAACCCAAAAAACUCAUUAAUAUCAAAGCUGAAUAUUUUUGGAAGUAGUUUUUAGUUUGUUUUAGUUAUAGCUAUGUUAGGGGGAUAUCUGUGUGUGCAGGUGACUAUUACUGUGCAUAAUUAUUAGGCAACUUAACAAAAACAAAUAUAUACCCAUUUCAAUUAUUUAUUAUUACCAGUGAAACCAAUAUAACAUCUCAACAUUCACAAAUAUACAUUUCUGACAUUCAAAAACAAAACAAAAACAAAUCAGUGACCAAUAUAGCCACCUUUCUUUGCAAGGACACUCAAAAGCCUGCCAACCAUGAAUUCUGUCAGUGUUUUGAUCAGUUCACCAUCAACAUUACGUGCAGCAGCAACCACAGCCUCCCAGACACUGUUCAGAGAGGUGUACUGUUUUCCCUCCUUGUAAAUCUCACAUUUGAUGAUGGACCACAGGUUCUCAAUGGGGUUCAGAUCAGGUGAACAAGGAGGCCAUGUCAUUAAAUUUCCUUCUUUUAUACCCUUUCUUGCCAGCCACGCUGUGGAGUACUUGGACACGUGUGAUGGAGCAUUGUCCUGCAUGAAAAUCAUGUUUUUCUUGAAGGAUGCAGACUUCUUCCUGUAUCACUGCUUGAAGAAGGUGUCUUCCAGGAACUGGCAGUAGGACUGGGAGUUGAGCUUGACUCCAUCCUCAACCCGAAAAGGCCCCACAAGCUCAUCUUUGAUGAUACCAGCUCAAACCAGUACUCCGCCUCCACCUUGCUGGCGUCUGAGUCGGACUGCAGCUCUCUGCCCUUUACCAAUCCAGCCACGGGCCCAUCCAUCUGGCCCAUCAAGACUCACUCUCAUUUCAUCAGUCCAUAAAACCUUAGAAAAUCAGUCUUGAGAUAUUUCUUGGCCCAGUCUUGACGUUUCAGCUUGUGUGUCUUGUUCAGUGGUGGUCGUCUUUCAGCCUUUCUUACCUUAGCCAUGUCUCUGAGUAUUGCACACCUUGUGCUUUUGGGCACUCCAGUGAUGUUGCAGCUCUGAAAUAUGGCCAAACUGGUGGCAAGUGGCAUCGUGGCAGCUGCACGCUUGACUUUUCUCAGUUCAUGGGCAGUUAUUUUGCGUCUUGGUUUUUCCACACGCUUCUUGCGACCCUGUUGACUAUUUUGAAUGAAACGCUUGAUUGUUCGAUGAUCACGCUUCAGAAGCUUUGCAAUUUUAAGAGUGCUGCAUCCCUCUGCAAGAUAUCUCACUAUUUUUGACUUUUCUGAGCCUGUCAAGUCCUUCUUUUGACCCAUUUUGCAAAGGAAAGGAAGUUGCCUAAUAAUUAUGCACACCUGAUAUAGGGUGUUGAUGUCAUUAGACCACACCCUUCUCAUUACAGAGAUGCACAUCACCUAAUAUGCUUAAUUGGUAGUAGGCUUUUGAGCCUAUACAGCUUGGAGUAAGACAACAUGCAUAAAGAGGAUGAUGUGGUCAAAAUACUCAUUUGCCUAAUAAUUCUGCACUCCCUGUAUAUACUCCACCUUAUAUUGUAUGUAUAUCUUUGGGUUUUUGUGGGAAUAGAGGGAAUACCCACAUAAGGUAUUUAGAGUAUUUUUGGCAUUUUGGUUUCACUCACUGGGAUAUUGCAACACCACAUAAUCUUAUAAGGUUAUCCAAAUAAACCUUCAGUGUCCUCAGUAAACCAAUACCCGGGUUCUCUCACUGGUUGUCUGUGUACACAGGAAACCAAUGAGAGAAGAAACACAGAUAGAGAAAGAUGUCAAUGUUCUUUGUGAGCCAACAUCGCAAAUCUCAAAUUGGAAAAUUUAAUCAUUACAAUACAACCCAAAUAGCAAUGCAUAAUAUCUCAUGGCUUCUUGUAUCAUCUCCUAAACACACUCUGUUAUUCCAGAGAUAUAACAUCAAUUUAUUAAUGACCUUUUUGUUUUCUGGUGUGUUUUUCUUCAAACCCUUUAGACAUUAUAAUAACUAUGUCAGAUUUGGCAAAGAGGAGAAGAUUCCCGAUGUACCAUACUAUAUUCGGGUGACUCCACGAGAAACUAACCAACUAAUGACAUGUGCUCGGCCACCUAGGUAAGUGUAUCAUGAGACACAGAAUGACUGACCAUAAUCCUAUAAGGUUAUCCAAAUAAACCUUCAGUGUCCUCAGUAAACCAAUACCCUGGUUCUCUCACUGGCUGUCUGUGUACACAGGAAACCAAUGAGAGACGAACCACAGAUAGAGAAAGCUGUCAAUGUUCUUUCUAAGCCAACAUCACAAAUCUCAAAUUGAAUUAUUUAAUCAUUACAAUACAACCCAAAUAGCAAUGCAUAAUAUCUAAUGGCUUCUUGUAUCAUCUCCUAAACACACUCUGUUAUUCCAGAGAUAUAACAUCAAUUUAUUAAUGACCUUUUUGUUUUCUGGUGUGUUUUUCUUCAAACCCUUUAGACAUUAUAAUAACUAUGUCAGAUUUGGCAAAGAGGAGAAGAUUCCCGAUGUACCAUACUAUAUUCGGGUGACUCCACGAGAAACUAACCAACUAAUGACAUAUGCUCGGCCACCUAGGUAAGUGUAUCAUGAGACACAGAAUGACCGACCAUAAUCCUAUAAGGUUAUCCAAAUAAACCUUCAGUGUCCUCAGUAAACCAAUACCCUGGUUCUCUUACUGGCUGGCUGUGUACACAGGAAACCAAUGAGAGAAGAACCACAGAUACAGUGAUCACAAAUCACUGAGGAGUACUACAGAAAGUGACUUACCAGGCAUUACCUAAUUUCUAUAAGAUAUGUAUUUUAAUAUAAACAGAAGCUUUAAUGGUACAAAGUAAACUAUUUACUGGAAUUACUGUAACCAGAAUGUAAUGUGCGUAACAUAAAUGAUCUGAUAGGGUCACUAUAAGCUGUGCAAUAAUGACUGAUAGAUAACGAGUGAUAGGGUAGCUGAUGGACUGAAAGUAAGAGGAAAGCUGAAGAGGAAUAAGAUAAGUGACAAAAUGGGCUGAUGGAUGGAAAGGGAGAAAAGGAUAUAAUUGUUACAACUGUAUUUUAACUUUUCCUAUUUUUUAAUUGCAGAGACCAAUUCCUAUUCUCUAAGGUAAAGCCUACAUUACGUCCAAAACAAUAUAAAACAACUAAAAAGGCUACAAAUGUCCAAGAAAAAGAAGUAGACAAAAAAGAACUGGAAAAUGAAAAAAAGUAUUCUGCAGAGUAUUGUAAACACAAUAUUAUUCCACAGCCUGAAGCGGUCACAAGUGUAGAGGAUAUUCCCUGUCACUUGCUGCAGGCAAGGUCUCUAGAGCCUACAGAGGUUAUCACACAUCUAGAAGACAACACUUCUCUAGAAUGCCCUGUUUCUACUAUUGAACCUCAUUCAAGUGGAUUGACAGAGGAGUUGCCAGUAAACCUUGGUCAGCCACAGUCCACUUUACAUUGUCCACCUGAGUCUGCAAAUCUAGAUUCUCAGAACCCAGUUACAGUUAUUUUACUACAGUCCAGCUUUCUAGAGCCUACAGAGGUUAUCACACAUCUAGAAGACAACACUUCUCUAGAAUGUCCUGUUACUACUAUCGAACCUCAUACAAGUGGAUUAACAGAGGAGUUGCCAGUAAACCUUGGUCAGCCACAGUCCACUUUAGGUUGUCCAUGUGAGCCUACAAAUCUAGAUUCUCAGAACCCAGUUACAGCUAUUUUACUACAGCCUACCUCUCUAGAGCCUACAGAGGUUAUCACACAUCUAGAAGACAACACUUCUCUAGAAUGCCCUGUUACUACUAUCGGACCUCAUACAAGUGGAUUGAUAGAGGAGUUGCCAGUAAACCUUGGUCAGCAACAGUCCACUUCGGAUUGUCAACCUGAGCCUAUGAACCAAGAUUCCCGGGAGGCUGUCAAAGAUCAAGAUCCAGGUAUUCUGUUAGUGGGCCCAGUUUGUCAUGCCAAAUCAGGCACUAGUGAAAUGUCAGAGGAGCUGCCAGUAAACCUUGGUCAGCCACAAUCCACUUUGGAUUGUCAACCUGAGCCUAUGAAUCUACAUUCUCGGGAGGCUGUCAAAGAUCAAGAUCCAGGUAUUCUUCUAGUGGGCCCAGUUUGUCCUGCCAAAUCAAGCACUGGUGAAAUGUUAGAGGAGCUACCAGUAAGCUCUGACAUUGUGAGUUAUCACUCCAAAACUACUUUGGAUUGCCCCACUGUUCAGCCAGAGGGGUUGCUUCUAUUCAAUCAAAAGGUUACGCUUGAGCAGGAACAAAGUGAGAUGAAGAAUAAUCAGCCAGGAAAACAUGUGUGUCUGAGAAGUGACCAUGAAGAGCAGCCAUUGCCAGAAGACAAAGAAAAAGAGCCACCUGGUGAGGCUGAUAUAGUUGAAAAGAAAAGUCAAGACCUUCCAGUACCUGUACUCCAAGAGAAGAAAAAUAUUGAAUCAAAGGUGGAAAGGAUACACUACGACAGGGAAUCUUUACUUAAAUUCAAAUCUAUAACACAAGAGCCAAGGGAUUUGUCUGAGAUUGCAAAACUCUACCAAGGUAUGCUCAUUAGACCUCACCUUCGACCAGUAGAUCCAUCACAAUUUACCAACAGGAAAUGUACACCUCUAACUGCAAAUUUCAUCCACCCUGCUAAGGAUAAUUACAGACUGCCAUGUGGAAUGGGCCAAAUGAGGUCUCCGCAAGCUCCUGGUACAGAACUUCGCAAAAUCCUUCAAGUAAGUGAGAAUGUAAAACCGCAUACAUCUGAAAAGGCUUGGAAACCUCCCAUGAAAAGAGCAAAUGAAGAUCACACUCUUGCCAAGGCUCAAGAAUUGGUUCGCAAAGUUCGCAGCAUUCUUAAUAAAAUCACACCUCAGACAUUCCAGCACUUAACCAAGCAGGUGAAAGACCUCUCUAUACAUACAGAAUAUCAACUGAAAGGUGUUGUAGAAGUCAUAUUUGAAAAAGCAGUAGCAGAGCCACAUUUUGCUGUUGUAUACGCCAGCAUGUGCAACUGGCUAAUGAUGCUUGAGGUCCCAACGGAAGACAACCCUGAAGAAAGCAUUACAUUCCGUAGGCUGCUAAUAAGACUCUGCCAGAAGGAGUUUGAGAGAGUUGAAAAUGGGAAUGAAAGAACUGAGAAACUGCAAAAGGAACUGGAUGCUGCCACGUCACCGAGAGAAAAGGCCCUACUAAAAGAAGAAUUAAGUGAUGCUUGUAAUAAAGCACGCAGGCGAUACCAAGGAAACAUCAAAUUUAUUGGGGAGCUAUUUAAAUUAAAAUUACUCUCAGAGGACACCAUGAAAGACUGCCUAAUGAAACUACUAAACAGGAACAGCGAGGAGUCAUUGGAAUGUAUCUGCAUUUUGCUCACUACAACUGGAAAAUCCUUGGAAAAUGGACAGUGUCGCUUGGACAACUAUAUCAGCAAGAUUGACAUCUUUAUUAAAAACCAGAAAACCUCUUCGCGGAUUCGAUUUUUGGUGCAGGAUAUGAUGGAAUUAAGAAAAAAUAACUGGGUACCUCGACAUACACCUCAGGGACCGAAAACAAUAGAGCAAAUUCAUAAAGAGGUAGAACUGGAAUCUAGACGAAAAGAGCAGUGA